AUGUGCCAGCCAGUGGCAAUCGCGAUUUCCAGGUACCUACCCGGUAGCAUCGAGAUACCGACCAGGUACUAUCCAGGUACCAUAGAGAUAGUACCCGGUCGCAAACAAAUGACCACCGAUUACGAUACGUUGAUUGACUUGAGUUGCCUCCCGGUACUUACUUAUAUCGACCUCCCGAUUCACCAAUGUUCCCCAUAAAUUUCAAUUGUGAUGCGUGGCAAAGUCAGUGUGCGUCGUAUCACGGUUUUGGCAUCAAGAGAUCGACUCCCACGGCAGGAACCGCCGUCGUCUUUUUUUGUUAUUUCUUUUGAGUAGAAUAAACUUUUUUGUUUAAAUUCGUUUUGAUAAAACAUUUACCAAAAAAAAAACCAUUGAAUUCAUGGAAAAAAACCGAAAAAGUUUUGUUUUUUUUUUUCUCAUAUCUUUUCAUUCAGCCCCUAAAACUGUAAAAGCAGAAAUAUUUUUUAAGUAGCAUCUUAACGAAUGGAAAUCGAUUGAACAAAAGCAUUGGACAAAGUGAACACAACCGAUAAAACUUUCUAUAAAUAUCAACUUUUUAUUUAUUAUUUGAAGCUUUUUAAGGGCGACGCACAUUAGUGUAACAGGCUGUGUGUCUGUUUAUGGGUCUACAGGAUCACAAGCUCGAUCCUUGCAGCGAUCAAACCAAGAGGUUCAAGAGAUGUUGGUAGUGGAAAACACGUUUUCAUAAUACCCAGCCGUCCCACAAAAACGGACAUGUCACUAGAGCCGGUCCACUGACAAUCACUGGUAUCAGGAUGAAACCUCGGCCGAUCGGCUUGGAGCGCUGACACCGUCCAAGCGGUGAAAACGUGUAAGAAAAAGAGAAAGAAGAUUUUGAGCUUCUUAAAGAUAAAUUUCUAAUUAGGCUUCCUAUAAAAUCUAAAAGGCUUGUCCUUGUUUCUUUUCAGGUUCAAACAGUUUUUUUGCUGGGAUUAUGCAAAGAAAAAUAAGCUAACUAAAAAUUAAAUUAUUAUAAAUAUUACUUUUUCUUCAAAAAUUUGAAGAAAAAAAUUCGUAUUUAUCCUAUACAUUCAACUUUUUGAGUAACCACUUCGGAAGGCUCUAACGUGUACAACGGUUGAAAAUUUUGUUGAUGGUAAAAAUUAUUCAUAUUUUUCAAGCAGCUUCCAACUGAAAUUUUUCUCAACGCAAAGAUAGCCUUCAAUUGUACAGUGGGAGCACAAAGAAAAAAAUAUUUCAACUUUUUAUAGUGUUCGAAGAUAAAAAAAAACGAGAAAAAACAAAGGACAAACGAGUGAAGCUGAGUAAACGAUACAACAAUGUCCGAAAAACGUAUAAAAGCAGAAGUCUGCAGUGAAAGGACAUCCUCCCUUGUUUCAUCCCUCCAUUAACAAGUGUCUUUUCAGUGCGAGAUGCUGUUCUUCUUGGCUUUCUUCUUGGUCCCAUUCAGCGACGCCGCCAUCACAGUCGACCUCAACUGCACGACUUACAACGGAACAGCUGUUUGAUCGAAAGUUGAAUACAGAGUCCUCAAUGAUUUUCAGUUUGUCUACGCCAACACCGCGACCAUCUGCUCCAACAUCUACUCGGACACGGCCUGCAAUGCUCUGUAUCCGACGUCUCCGGCCGGCGGAGACCUGCCGGCUUCUGGAACAGACAUUGCCAGGCCUCUCAACUGCUACACAUCUACUACCACUACUCCGGCUCCACUCAGCACUGAGCUCAAAACUGCCGCCAUUGCCAGUUGCCCGAAGACGUGCGGAUACUGUUGUCAGACUGACGCCUACUCUUGCGCUAAUGCUCAAUGUGAGAGAAAUCUCACAAAAUAUUCACUGAAGAGCUCUCAGACCCUAGCAUGAACUGCGCCUCCAUCACAAACUCUCAAUGCCUGGACCCUAACUGGAGAAGCGUCAUCGCCGCCAACUGCCCAGCUGCUUGCGGACUCUGCGGAACUGGUAGAAUAAUUUUUUUUUACUUCGGAAAAGCACCGAAAUUUGAAGGAGGAUGCGUCGACGCCGUUACCAACUGCGCCAACGACGUCACCAUCUGCAACUCCGUUGGAAUGCAAGACUUUGUCAACGUGAGCUACUUUCUCCAAACCUCUCUCAAAUUGUCAUCUUCAGAAGUACUGCCAACGCACUUGCGGACGCUGCCCUUCCACCACAGCUGCUUCUGGAUCUGUAACUUCAGGAAGCACGGGCACGUGCACUUCUUACAACGCUGACUCUUCUGCCAGGUCUCAUUCUCAUUUUUUUUUUUUCCAUCAUCUAUAUAUGAUAACAGAUGCGCUUCCUGGAGCAAGAACGGCUUCUGCACCAACAACUUCUACUCUCUGGCUCAGCGAAAGGCCUCGUGCGCCACCACCUGCAGAAUUUGCUAA